CAUGAGAUCUGUAGAGAUGAGUACCAUGUAACCAUGACCUGGAAAAGAGCCUCGGCUGGAGAAACAGUCUAUAACAAGUGUCCGACUAACGCCACUGGAUCUGCUAGUCGUCGUUGCUUGCUGGACGCUAAUGGAGUUGCUUACUGGGGUCCUCCGAGCUUCGCCAGAUGCGUCUCGAUGGAAUUCAGAUAUUUACAUUUAUCUUUGCGAGAGCAUCUUGCGAAGGGUCAGAGGACCCUGGCUGGAGAGGGCAUGUCUCAGGUCGUGAGGAAUCUCCUGGAUCUCUUACAGAGGAGGAGCUACUACAGUGGUGACCUCCUGUUCUCCACGGAGAUUCUCCGAAAUGUGACGGACACCUUCAAGAGAGCAACCUACAUCCCAGCUGCCGACGACACACAGAAAUUCUUCCAGGUAGUCAGCUAUAUGUUGGACAUGGAAAACCUUGAGAAGUGGGAAGACGCUCAUCAGGUAGGCUUUUAA